AUGACUCGCGGAAACCAAAGAGACCAGGAUCGCAUCAAGAACCAGAAAAAACAAAACAAAAAGAAAUCCGCCAACACCUUGUCCGGGACGCAGUUCCAGCAGAAAAAGGAGUCGGAUGCUGAGAUCAUGCGAAGGAAGCAAGCAAGUGCCGACGCAGCGAAAACCUCAUCCGAUAAAAAGAAAUGA